UCCCUGGCCUGUUUCGGGCACUCUACAGGUGUUGCCCACCGACUUGAGAGCUGCAGCUGUGCCAUGUCCGUUCCGAUGCAGUGUGAGCAGGGGGCAGGUGGGGACGAGGCCAGGCAGCAGGUCAUCACCCCGUGCCGGAAGCUCAUCUUGUGUGCUGACAGCAGGAAGGAGAUGGAAGAUUGGAUGGCGGUCCUGAAGACGGUGCAGAGCAGGGAGCACUUUGAGCCCACCCAGUACAGCAUGGACCACUUCUCAGGGACCCACAACUGGUACGCCUGCUCCCACGCCAGACCGACCUACUGCAACGUGUGCCGAGAGGCAUUGUCCGGGGUCACCUCCCACGGGCUGUCCUGCGAGGUGUGCAAGUUUAAGGCCCACAAGCGCUGCGCCGUGCGUGCCACCAACAACUGCAAGUGGACCACACUGGCGUCCAUCGGGAAGGACAUCAUUGAGGAUGAAGACGGGAUCGCCAUGCCGCACCAGUGGCUGGAGGGGAACCUGCCGGUGAGCGCCAAGUGCACUGUGUGCGACAAGACAUGCGGCAGCGUGCUGCGCCUGCAGGACUGGCGCUGUCUCUGGUGCAAGGCCAUGGUGCACACGGCGUGCAAGGACUCCCUGCUGACCAAGUGCCCGCUAGGCCUGUGCAAAGUGUCGGUCAUCCCACCCACGGCCCUCAACAGCAUCGACUCGGACGGCUUCUGGAAGGCCACCUGCCCCCCGUCUUGCACGAGCCCCUUGCUGGUCUUUGUCAACUCAAAGAGCGGUGACAACCAGGGGGUGAAGUUCCUCAGGCGAUUCAAGCAGCUGCUGAACCCUGCCCAGGUCUUCGACCUCAUGAAUGGCGGGCCACACCUCGGCUUGCGCUUAUUUCAGAAAUUCGACACGUUCCGGAUCCUGGUGUGUGGCGGGGACGGCAGUGUGGGCUGGGUCCUGUCGGAAAUCGACAGCCUCAAUCUUCACAAGCAGUGCCAGCUGGGUGUGCUGCCCCUGGGGACCGGGAAUGACCUGGCACGAGUGUUGGGCUGGGGCUCGGCCUGUGAUGAUGACACACAGCUGCCCCAGAUCCUGGAGAAACUGGAGCGCGCCAGCACCAAGAUGCUGGACAGGUGGAGCAUCAUGGCGUAUGAGACCAAGCUCCCUCGGCAGGCCUCCUCAUCCACCGUCACCGAGGACUUCAGCGAGGACUCUGAGGUGCAGCAGAUCCUUGUCUAUGAAGACUCGGUCGCCGCCCACCUGUCUAAAAUCCUGACCUCUGACCAGCACUCGGUGGUGAUCUCCUCCGCUAAAGUGCUCUGUGAGACGGUGAAGGACUUCGUGGCGCGUGUGGGGAAGGCCUACGAGAAAACGACUGAGAGCUCGGAGGAGUCGGAGGUCAUGGCCAAGAAGUGCUCUGUCUUGAAGGAGAAGCUGGACUCUCUCCUCAAGACCUUGGACGACGAGUCCCAGGCCUCGACCUCUCUGUCCAACCCGCCGCCCACCAUCGCCGAGGAGGGGGAAGACGGGGAUGGGCCCGGCAGCAUCUGCAGCUCCUCAGGGGACCGCUCCAUGGCCCCGGUCUGCCCCGCCCGGCCGCAGAUCUUCCGGCCCAGGGAGCAGCUCAUGCUCAGGGCCAACAGCCUGAAGAAAGCCAUCCGGCAGAUCAUCGAGCACACGGAGAAAGCUGUCGACGAGCAGAACGCACAGACCCAGGAGCAGCAAGGCUUCAUCUCAGGGCUCCCCAUGUCUGAGGAAAAGAAGCACCCCGGGACAGACGAGAGGGUGGGCCCAUCGCCGCCGCCUCCCAGCGAGAGCUGCGGGCUCUCCAAAGGCAAGAGCCACCGCAAAGUGUCCAGAUCCCCGUGUGAGAAGCUGAUAAGUAAGGGAAGCCUGUCCCUGGGCAGCUCAGCAUCUCUCCCUCCCCAGGCGGGAAGCCGGGACACCCUGCCAGCGCUGAACACGAAGAUUCUGUACCCACAUGUCCGGGCCGGCAUGUCGGGGUCCUUGCCAGGGGCUUCCGUCAUCAGCCGUCUGCUCAUUAACGCCGACCCCUUUCAUUCAGAGCCGGACAGCCUAGAGUGCUACACUGAGAAGUGUGUCAUGAACAACUACUUCGGCAUCGGCCUGGAUGCCAAGAUCUCCCUGGACUUCAACAACAAGCGUGACGAGCACCCCGAGAAGUGCAGGAGUCGGACCAAGAACAUGAUGUGGUACGGGGUCCUGGGCACCAAAGAGCUGCUGCACCGCACCUAUAGGAACCUGGAGCAGAAGGUCCUGCUGGAGUGCGAUGGGCGCCCGAUCCCGCUGCCCAGUCUCCAGGGGAUUGCUGUCCUCAAUAUUCCCAGCUAUGCCGGAGGGACCAACUUCUGGGGGGGCACCAAGGAAGAUGACACCUUCGCCGCCCCCUCCUUCGACGACAAGAUCCUGGAGGUGGUGGCUGUGUUCGGCAGUAUGCAGAUGGCGGUGUCACGGGUGAUUAAGCUGCAGCAUCACCGGAUCGCCCAGUGCCGCACGGUGAAGAUCUCCAUCCUGGGUGAGGAGGGCGUCCCCGUGCAGGUGGACGGGGAGGCCUGGGUCCAGCCUCCGGGCUAUAUCCGCAUCGUCCACAGGAACCGGGCACAGACCCUCACCAGGGACAGGGCCUUUGAGAGCACCCUGAAGUCUUGGGAGGACAAGCAAAAGUGUGAGCUGCCGCGGCCCCCCUCUUUCUCACUGCACCCCGAGGUCCUGUCUGAGGAGGAGGCCACCCAGAUGAGCCAGUUUGGCCAGGCAGCGGGAGCCCUCAUCCAUAGCAUCCGGGACAUCGCGCAGUCCUACCAGGACAUGGAGCAGGAGCUGGCCCACGCGGUCAAUGCCAGUGCCAAGGCCAUGGACCGUGUCUACGGCAGACCCCGAGCCACAGAGGGGCUGAACUGCAGCUCCGUCCUGGAGAUGGUGAGCUCCGUGAAGGCGCUGCGCAGUGAGACGGAGCUGCUGCUGGCCGGGAAGGUGGCCUUGCAGCUGGAUGCCCCUCAGAAGGAGCGCUUGGCGGCAGCUCUGGCCGAGAUGGACCUGCAGCUCACGAAACUGGCCGACACGCCCUGGCUCUGCCCGUCCCCAGCGCCCGGGGAGGAAGAGAGCCUGAUGCUGGAUCCGUCCAAGCGCAGCCGCAGUGGCAAGUUCCGCCUGGUGACCAAGUUCAAGAAGGAGAAGAACAACAAGAACAAGGCGGCUCGCAGCAGCUUGGGAGCCCCCGUGCACCUCUGGGGGACAGAGGAGGUGGCCGCCUGGCUGGAGCACCUCAGUCUCUGUGAGUACAAGGACAUCUUCACACGGCACGACAUCCGGGGCUCCGAGCUCCUGCACCUGGAGCGCAGGGACCUCAAGGACCUGGGCGUGACCAAGGUGGGCCACGUGAAGCGGAUCCUGUGUGGCAUCAAGGAGCUGAGCCGGGGCGCCGAGGCCUAGGGGCCACGCUGGCAGCCUGUGUGCUGCGUGUCCGUGACUGACGCUGUCACCAUGGUGCUACUGCCCCCGGCCAUGCCACAGGGCUGACCCCAACCAAGGCCACCGGCUGCAUGCCCGGCACCCAUGAACGAUGUCCCUGAUUGCUAACUGCUCCUGGAAUGAAGAGAACCCCCACUCCUGAGGUCUGCUGGUGACCGUGUAACCCCCCACCCCCCAUCUGCCGGUGGCUCUGUCCCUAGUCCCCUCACCCCGAGGUUUUCUGGGGGCAGUGUCUCCCCGCCCUCACCUGCGUUUCUGUGCAGAAGGUCCUGGGGUGCUGGCUGCUGGUGGCCAGGGGGUUCUAGUCGCCGACCCUGGCCGACCUUGGUGACAGCCAUGCAGAUGCCGAGCACCCCCUCAGAAACCUGGACAACCAGACCAGGCCAGGGGCCACAGGCUGGACUGGGCUGACGUGGGGGCAGGAGGGGCUAAGGCCACAGGUCCCGGUCACUGUUUCUCGCCUUUGCUGAGGGUGGUCACUGCCAGGGGCUCAGGGUUCAUCCUGGAAAGGAGCUUCCCUUCAGCAGAGCCCUGGCCUGGGUCACCCCACUUUGCAGAGGGGCGGGGUGAGGGUGCAGGUGGUAACAGUAGGCAGUGUUUCUGUGGACCCCCCAGGACACCCUUCCAUCAGGGCUUGCAGGGUGGAAGGGGCACCCAUGAUGGCUCCCCUCCCCAGGGCUGGGCUCUGGGUGAGGUGGACCCAUCCCCUCCUUGCUCGGACUGGAAGGACUGAGUGGUGGCUGUACCCUCCCCCCCCUGCCCUGGCUGGUAAGGGGGGUGGGGUGGGACAGCUGCAUGCCAUCUUUCUACUCUGGGCACCCUGUUCCCGUCACCACAAUGAUUGUAGUUGGAGGGGGUUUGAGGAGAAAUUCCCAGUUUCCCCAGAACUACUCCCCGACUCAGUUCCUUUUUAGGAUAACAGAGGAGGUAAUGGUACCAGCCAGAGGGUGGGGUGGGGGGGCUGCUGCUCCUGGGGUCCUCCGCCCUUGAGCAGGCCGCUGUGUGUGAGGGUAAGUCCCAGAUGGCCUCCUCUGGGGGGAAGCCAUGGCUGGAGCCCAGGGCGUCAUCAGAACUCGGCCUGUGUCAUCAGUAUGGAAACCUGCCCCAGUUCCCGUCAGUCAGAAUGAGGAGACGUCUGGGUGGUGGGAACCUGCCUGCCCGAGGGCACCUCUGCUGUAGGGCCCAGCACGGGUGGGUGAACCAUGGUGCCCCAGGCUGGGACCUGCCCAUCGUAUUUAUAAUCCUAAUUUAUACCGCGAUCCCGUGGAAGAGAUGCCACUUGUAGAUUAUGUACAUAGCCGACCUCUGAUCGCUGUACAUACAUCUUCUGUGAAUAAAGAAAACAGUCAGAGUCA